CCUUACGGGUCAGUGACCACCACUGUUAGAAGCUGGCAGCGUGAAACGUCAUCAUCCACUAAACGUAUGCUCACCACCGUCCACUACAAGAGGAGCAUCUAGGAACUUAAGAGGCUACGCAAGAGUCACGCCAUGAAGAUGACAUGUCUUUUCGUCUUGGCUUCUGUCCUGGUCUGCAACUUGAAGAUGGUGUGCAAAGGACAGAGCAUCUCCGCUGAAGAGGAGCCGGACCAGAGGACUGUGGACGAUUUGCUUCACCAUAGCGCGGAGAGCCUCCUGCUGCGCUCAAUCCUGCGAAAGAUGCAGGGAGAAGACGACAGAAAUGAGGGACUUUCUUCUCAACCAGAAUGGGUGACAAAGCGGCAGCAUCCAGGCAAGAGGUACAGCGAUGAUUUGGAGAAGGAAGACGACGGUGAUGAAGGGUACUUGAUUGUUGAAAAGAGACAACAUCCGGGCAAACGCGAUGAACACAUGCACUCGCUCGUGGAGCUGCAAAAAAGGCAACACCCAGGGAGGCGCUCUACAACCGGACACCUUUCUGACUCCCCCGUCAUCGUCGUGGGUGAACUUUCCAAGCGGCAGCAUCCAGGCAAGCGCUACUUGGUGGUGCGCAGCCGGCGCCAGCACCCUGGUAAGAGGCAGGAAGAGGAAGGGGAGGAGGAGGAGUACCUCCCUGAGUUUGACAAGCGCCAGCACCCCGGGAAACGAUUUUGGGGUCAUUCGGAUCCAGAUUUGGUCACGGUCAGUCCAUGUGAAGACGUUUUGGACCCUAUGAGAUGUGCCAAGACGAAUCUGCUUCUCGAUUUUUUAGACAACGUCAGUGUGAAGCACACCGAGGAAAAGAGACAACACCCAGGAAAAAGUGUGAUGGAUCUAUCAUGGCAUCCUUUGCGCUUCCUGUGACACACUUCCACAACACUGGCAGCCCCAAUCAUGGCUUCGAGCUACCCAACCCCUUUUGAGGGCUCAGGUGAG